GCGAUAUAAAUAUUAAAAAAACAAAGCAAGUUUCCUAGACUGGAUUGAGAUCAUCGAAGAGGAUGUUGUUUAUACAAAUUUUGUUAAUGUUCUGUUUUUUGUUUCAAACUGAGCAAUAUGCAAUCGAAAAGAAUAGCGUAAAUAACUCUUAUAUAAAUUUACAUUCAGAAGUAGCUCCCACAUUGUCUCCAGCAGUAGCAGUUUUUGGUAAAAAAAUAUGUGAUUGUGAUAUCCAUGAAAAAUGUUACGUGAAAUUAUGCAACCAAAAGAAUGAAGUUGAUUCAAACUUAAAGUAUAAAACAACGUUAGAUGACCUAAAGCGUUUAUUUACCAGUGAAUUACAUUCACUCAAAAUUGAAAUGGAUUUAAAAUUGACUAUCGAUAAACCAAAAAAAAGAGAACAACUACCACCAGAUGCUCGUGGUGAUCAAUCGCCAACAGACGCUCGUGGAGAUCAACUACCACCAGAUGCUCGUGGUGAUCAAUCGCCACCAGACGCUCGUGGAGAUCAACUACCACCAGAUGCUCGUGGAGAUCAAUCGCCGCCAGACGCUCGUGGAGAUCAAUCGCCACCAGACGCUCGUGGAGAUCAAUCGCCACCAGACGCUCGUGGAGAUCAAUCGCCACCAGACGCUCGUGGAGAUCAAUCUCCACCAGAUGCUCGUGGAGAUCAAUUGCCACCAGACGCUCGUGGAGAUCAAUCUCCACCAGAUGCUCGUGGAGAUCAAUUGCCACCUGAUGCUCGAGGAGAUUAUAAAACUAACAAAAUUCGUGAAAAUAUUUUGGAAAAAAGGAUUCAGUGGCUACUCUCUUUGUAACAAAAAAAUUUAUUUGAAUUAAUAAAAUAUAUAUUUAUAUGCAUACAUCAAACUAUAAAUGUAAAUAAUUGUUAACAAAUGUAAUUAACUGAUAAAAGAUUACUUUAUAAAUCAUUGAAAUACAGAAUUUCUUACGACUGUAAGAGUAUUAAUUUAAAAACAAAUUAACUUUAAGUAUGUGUUUAUCUUGCCUUUAAAAUGCAUUUACAAUAUAUUAUUAUACAUUCAUAUAUUAACAUA